CCUUUUCUGAAAUAAUUAAUUGAGAAUAGAAAAUCCCCACUUUUCCAACCGAUCUUAACUACCUCAACUCCAAAGGGUCCCACACCAGGAUUCCACUUUGUGGGCACCAUUACAUUCACACCCCUUUCCUUUCCUUUACUAUAUAAAUCAAAAUCCUUCUUCAACAAUCAUCCUCGCCUCUCUCUCUUUCUAAACACCUGAAAUUUCUUCCCAAAAACACAAGUUCUCAUCUUCAGCCAUGUCGAUGAACUCGUCGAUCGACGACAAAAACAUCGAGGAGAGCGGGUGGACCAAGUAUUUGGAGGACUUCUCUUGCAACAACGCCAGCUUCAUAAGCAGCUCUUCUAUGGUCUCCGAUGCAGCGUGGAAUGGCUCAGACACCAUUAAAAGGUUGAAUUUGAAGAAGCUGAAUCGAAGCACGACUCGAAGGAAAUAUACGUAUGAAUACGAUGACGAUUUGGAAGAUACGGCUAGCUCUCCUGUUCAUAGCCCUAAGGUAAGCAGGAUGAAGCAGGCGGAGGUCAACCAGAGAAAGAUGGAUGCUACUUGCGAUUAUGUGGGCCAACAGUCGAGUUCGAAGAAUUUCUUGAAGCACGAUAGAGAAGAGAGAAAUACAAAUAAUAGUGUUAUCGACAACAAAACCAGUGAUCAAUAUAUGGAGCUGAGGAAGAGAGGGUUAUGUUUGGUGCCAAUGUCAGCUUUGAUUAACUAUAUUGGUUAAUUAAAUAUGAGAAAAAAGUAUAGAUUAUCUCCAUCUUUUCACACACUUAAUUGUGAAAAAUAGAAAGAUUAUAGUGUGUAAUAAUAAUAAAAGAAAGUUGGUAGAUUGAGUAUUGUAUAUAAUUUUCGUUGCCAUUCCCUUUCUUCCACAUGGGUUAUAUAUGUGGCAAGAUUUUAAAUAGGGUUUUGUAUAAAGUAUAUUUUUCUUAAUUGGUGGGUAAAUGUUAAUUGGAGUAUGUUAUUGUCAUCUAUAUAUAGUUGAGUUUUAGGAGUGUGA